AUGAUUAUUAUAAGCUGGAACUGCCGAGGCUUGAGCAACCUGAGUGCAGUUUCGAACUUGCGGCACAUAGAUCAGAAACACCGUCCAGAUGUUAUCUUCUUAUCAGAAACAUUAGCUACGGCGAGGAGGUUGGAAGCUCUUCGUGUAAGUCUAAAAUUCGACUCGUGUCUAGCUAUAGAUGUGGAAGGAAGAAGUGGUGGUCUUGCAGUGUUAUGGCAGAACAAGAUUAAGUGCAGUGUUUUCAAUUAUUCUCGCAACUUUAUCAAUCUAGAGAUUGAAGACGAGGUCAGAGGCAACUGGCGCCUCACGUGUUACUACGGCUUCCCGGAAAGAAAUCGCCGCCACCUAGCUUGGGAUAUGUUACGUGCACUGCGGGAUAUGUCAAGUGAUCCGUGGUGCAUUAUCGGUGACUUUAAUGACUUGAUGUCCCAAGAAGAUAAAAGAGGCUUGCAUCCACAUCCCAACAGUCUUUGUAAUGGUUUCUGUAGUGCGGUGGAAGAUUGCGGUUUAUCGGACAUCAACAUCAAAGGACACAGAUUCACUUGGGCUAGAAGUAGAGGUACUCCGAACAUGGUGGAGGAGCAACUUGAUCGAGCUAUGGCUAAUUUGAGUUGGCUAGGUCGUUUCCCGAAUGUGGAGUUAUUAAAUAUAUUGGCAUCACAUUUAGAUCAUACUCCUAUCCUUUUGAAUUGCGACCUUGCUAGUAGUAAUAAGCGCACAUACUCGUUCAAAUUUGAGAAUCAGUGGCUGUUGGAAGAAGACAUUAAAGAAACAAUAUCUAUUGGGUGGAACACAAGUAGUAAUGCAGAGCUGGGAGAUAAAUUAAAUAGUUGUGCAGGUGAGUUAAAGAGGUGGAGUAGGGGAAAGAGAACUCGUUUUAAAGAAGAUGUGAAAGCCUGUGAAGACGCAAUUGAAGGAUAG